AUGGGAAGACACGAGAUUAUGCCAGCGUCGACGAUGAAAAUCUUCAAAUCGUUGAAUUGUCAACUCUGCAACGCACCGUUUGUUGGCCUUUCACCCAAACCAAAAUCACCACGAGGACUCGAGUGCGGUGCCGUGAUAUGUAAGGAGUGCUUCGAGACGGAGGAAGGGCUCAAGAAAGACAAGAAGAGACACCAAUGCGCGGCUUCAAAUUGCUUCAACAACGCGAAUCCCGCGCAUUUCAUCACUGACCUCCUCUCGAACGAUGCGCUCGUCUUGAUGCCCAAUUUUGGCGGUUACUUGCUUGUGAAGGCAUUCAAAGUGCCUCGAUGUGGGAUUUGUCACGAAGAAUAUUCGGCAACGGAAAAGGAAAGAAUACCGUACGCCAUGCGCUGCAGUCACGUGAUGUGCACGAAAUGCUUUAUGAAGAACCGCAAGUUGAACUUGGGCGACGCAAGGAAGCAAAUGUACUGGAUCAAAUGUCCAAUCUGCGCUGCGCUAGCGAAGGUAACUUGUCUCACGGGAAAAAGUCAGCUACAAGCAUUCUUGCAAGAGUUGCCCGAUUUGGUAAAACAAUUCGAUGAAAUGAAGGCGUCAAGUGAUCGAUUUUGCGAUGGAUGCAGGAAAAUGAACACCGUUGAUGGGAUGGCACACUGUGAGAAGUGCAAGACACAAAACUGCCGACCGUGUCAAGGGAUAAGGCAUCGCUCGCACGAGUCGACCCCAUUGGUGCAAAAAGAGAUGGAUGAUCUUUUCGAGGAAAUGCGCGAUCCCUUGAACAUGCAAGUGCGCGUUUACAAGGAGGAAAAUUUGCCGGCACUUCAUCAACAAAUCAACGCAAGGGUAGCGCAGCUAAAUGAGAUGUUGCACGUAAAAGAGGCCAACCUCAAGAAGGUGACCACCUACAGCAAAGCGAGAGAAGACUUGAAUCGGUACAAGGCUAUCAACGCGGCUUUUGCACAGUUGGCCAACGGCUACUCCCGUCAUACGAAAGAAUUUGAAGCCCAACUUGUGAAACUCCUCAACAGCUCC